AUGGCUGACCCCUUUAUGAGCCAUCCAACUACCCAGAAUCCCACUCUCCCAGUCCCAAAAACAAAAACACAAAGAAGCCCCAAAACAGAGAACAUCAAAAUGUCCAAACUCAGAGACAAUCCCAUCUUAAUCUUGUAUCUUGGCCUCCUCUUAAUCCUUACCCAUUUCUCAAUCUGCAAUGGGGCGUCAGUUCUUGACCUCAGUGCACUCAAAGGAAGUGAAAUUGAUGUCAAGGUUAGGGACUUCAUAACAGAGCCAGAGAUGGACUCAGAGAUAAGUAGAAGAGUGCUAGCAAUGCAGAAGAAGUACAUAAGCUAUGAGACACUGAGGAGGGACUUGGUUCCUUGUGCAAGGCCAGGGGCUUCAUACUACAAUUGCCAUGCUGUGGCCAACCCUUAUAAUAGAGGCUGUGAGGUUAUCACAGGAUGUAGAGGUACACAUGACAUCAAAACUUGAGAAAAGGGAAGUAGCAAUUCAUUUUCUUGUUCUUCGUGUUGUAUCUGAUGUGGGUUUUUAGUUAUGAAUGUAUAUUUGAGACCCAUAUGUUGAAAUUCUAUACUAAAUUACUAAUGUUCACUGGCAUAAAUUGGAGA